UCGGCUCUUCUGUGCAGCAGAACCUGCUCCUCAAUCCAGCGCUGUCCUCACCGUCUUCUCUCCCCGGCACCGGCAUCUUUAGUGUGGGCACCUGGCUGUGACAGCUUGUGGCUUCAUAGCCGGGUGUCCACUGAGCAUGCCUGAGAAGCGCUGCACUUUGUGAAUGGUCCGGCAGUCUUCUGGGACCUGUCAUGUGUCUGCAGUCUCUGGUCAUCCCCUGUACUGUGUCCGCAGUCACUGGUCAUCUCCUGUACCGUGUCCGCAGUCUCUGGUCAUCUCUCCUGUACUGUGUCCGCAGUCUCUGGUCAUCUCCUGUACUAUGUCCGCAGUCUCUGGUCAUCUCCUGUACUGUCCGCAGUCUCUGGUCAUCUCCUGUACCGUGUCUGCAGUCUCUGGUCAUCUCCUGUACCGUGUAUGCAGUCUCUGGUCAUCUCCUGUACUGUGUUGGCAGUCUCUGGUCAUCUCUCCUGUACUGUGUCCGCAGUCUCUGGUCAUCUCCUGUACCGUGUCCACAGUUUUCUGGUCAUAUCCUGUACCGUGUCCGCAGUCUCUGGUCAUCCCCUGUACUGUCCGCAGUCUCUGGUCCAUCUCCUGUACUGUCCGCAGUCUCUGGUCCAUCUCCUGUACCGCGUCCGCAGUCUCUGGUCAUCCCCUGUACCGUGUCUGCAGUCUCUGGUCCAUCUCCUGUACCGCGUCCGCAGUCUCUGGUCAUCCCCUG